AUGCUUCCAACCUGCCAAAUAAUCUCUCUACUUUUCUCUGUGGGGUUCCUGCUAUUUCUGAAAGCAGAUCCUCCAUUGUUGAUCUAUCUUCCCGAUGCUCUGUCACAAGAAAUUACACAGGAAAAUGCAUCUCUAAAAUCAAUUCUGCCUGCAGCUGCCUCGGCACUGCAAACUGCGUUCCGAUGGUUCGCCAGUAUUCUUUCCUCCGCCUCCGCCUCCUCCUCUUCUGCCUCCUCUGCCUCCUCUGCCUCCUCUGCCUCUUCUGCCUCUUCUGCCUCCAUCGCCACCACCAAGGACGACAACCACAACCAGGCCGCUAUUGAGCUCGCUGCUGAUGAUCUAGCAUUGAUCAUAAGCGCGGCGGUCUCGGUUGUGGAGACGGCGGCCUUGGUUCUGAAGGCGGCAGUAUCGUUGAUGAGGACCGUGUUUCUCAUUACCAAGCUCACGGUUCGAACAACGGUUCUGCUAGCCAAGGCUGCCGUCUGGGCCAUCAGGAUGACAUGCUGUAUUCUGCAAAGCAGCGCCACUCUCUGGCGUAACAUUUCUGCACUGGCUCGUCUCCGUCGGUCCUAAGGGUAUCCUUACUACACUUUGGUUUAUCUCUUGCCUCUCUCUCCCUCGCUUUCUACAUACUUAUCCGCGCAACAAUUUUACCAAAAAACGUCAGACGGGGAAUGAAACGAAGCAUAAAGUCGAAGCCCGUAAACUUACUUGUAAUAAGCAAGAACUGUCCAUUACGACAUUAGCAAAGAAAAAUCCUUCCCCGAAACUAAUUAAGAAAACCCGUCC